AACCAGAAUAUUCACUAACUUUGUGUGUACUUCAUUUGUAGACUGCCACAUUCUACCCCGGGAUUGUAUUUGGUACCUGUUUCUUUCUAAACUUCUUUAUCUGGGGGAAACAUUCUUCAGGAGCUGUACCGUUUUCAACCAUGAUGGCGUUAUUGUGCAUGUGGUUUGGUAUUUCUCUUCCUCUGGUCUUCCUGGGGUAUUUUUUUGGCUAUCGUAAACAACCGUAUGAACACCCCGUAAGAACCAAUCAAAUUCCUCGACAAGUACCAGACCAGGUGUGGUACAUGAAUCCUCUGCUUUGCACACUUAUAGCUGGAAUUCUACCAUUUGGUGCGAUGUUUAUUGAACUGUUCUUCAUUUUCACUGCCAUUUGGGAAAACCAGUUUUACUACCUGUUUGGAUUUCUUUUUCUUGUCUUCAUCAUUCUUAUCAUCUCUUGUUCCCAGAUAUCCAUUGUAAUGGUAUACUUCCAGCUUUGUGGAGAGGACUAUCACUGGUGGUGGAGAUCAUUCAUCGUAUCUGGUGGAUCAGCAGUUUAUGUCUUUGCAUAUGCCGUCUUUUACUUUUGGACCAAAUUGGAGAUCACCGAGUUCAUACCAACGCUCCUGUACUUUGGUUAUACUCUGUUGAUGGUGUUCACAUACUGGAUGUUGACUGGAACUAUUGGGUUUUACGCUGCUUAUGCGUUCAUUAGAAAGAUUUAUGCAGCUGUGAAAAUUGACUAAUGUAUGAUCUUAGUUCGUAAAACAAGAAUUAGAAAAUUGUGAACAUAGUUAGAUUUAAGAAAAAAUUUGAAGUGGUGAUUUUUUUUUUUUAAUGCACUCAUGGAUGGGCAUUGUGAAAUGGACACUGUCUUUUGUUUUCUUUUGUACAAGUUAUUUAAACAAGUUCUUUUGUUCAUUUUUUGUAAUUUGCUUUCUUGACCCACCUUUUCGAAAACGUGAUGAAUUUGUUUUACACUGAGCAGGAUGUCUGAUAUUUCUAAAACAUAAAGAACUUACACAUCUUCUUUAUAUAUUGCUGUAUAAUGGAAAUUGUCAAGAAAACUCAAGAAUUUGUCAUCCACUUUGAAGUUAAAGAUAAUUCUGUUGGGUUAUUGGUGUAUAUUUUAUAACAUAUUUAAACGUACAUUCUGUAUACAACAAUAGCUCAAACGAGGUGAUAUAUUGAUAUCUUAUUUUACAUACUUUGUUGUUUGUUUCUUUUCUGCAUUUCAUUCAUUUUGUAAAAUGAGGAUUUUUGAGCUCAUUACUAGUUCUGUUUUGUCAGAGUGAGGAGAAAGUGUAUUUCUGUUAGCUUUAUACGAAGGUAAAGUGUUCAGUUUUGUUCUGUAAAGGAGACAAAGCUUUCGUGAAUAAUAAAGUGGAUGAGGUUUGUAAAUCAACUUAGAUAAAGUAUUUGAACUGUACAAUUUUCAACUGUAAGGAGUGGUUUGUUUUUUUUCAUUAUUUUUUUUUUCAGUUGUGUCUGAUGUUUAUCAGAAAAAUAUUUUGAUCACUUAGUUUUUUGUGCAUCUGUUGGAUGGUAAUUAUAACAAAAGUUUGUACAAAAGUCAGGUUUUGGGCUACUUUGAAACAUUAAAAAAUCCAUUGAAAUUUA